GCUGUCAGCAUGGCAAACCGGGGCCCAUCGUACGGGCUGAGCCGGGAGGUGCAGCAGAAGAUCGACAGGCAGUAUGACCCCGAGCUGGAGCAGGUCCUGGUGCGCUGGAUCCUGGCACAGUGCGGAGGGGACGGUGGCAGCGCCGUGGCACAACCAGCACCUGGCAGGGAUGGCUUCCAACAGUGGCUGAAGGAUGGCACCGUGCUGUGUAGGCUCAUCAACAGCCUCCACCCACGGGGACAGGCCCCCGUGGCCAAGAUCCAAGCAUCAACCAUGGCCUUCAAGCAGAUGGAGCAGAUCUCCCAGUUCCUGCAGGCGGCUGAGCGCUACGGCAUCGCCGCCACCGACAUCUUCCAGACCGUGGACCUCUGGGAGGGGAAGAACAUGGCCUGUGUGCAGAGAACCCUGAUGAACCUGGGCAGCCUGGCAGUGGCCAAGGGCGAUGGGCUCUUCGUGGGAGAUCCCAACUGGUUCCCUAAGUAG